AAAAAUAAAGUUGUUGAUUUAGUUUCUGGAUUAAGUGAAUAUAUAUUCGAAACUACUCAACAAAUAGCUUUUGCUAAUAAUUUGAAUAAUGAUAGAGAUUAUUUUCGCAUUUUAAUUGCUAGAAUGGUGAUUUCAGACGAAAAGAACAAAUUAGAAGAAGAAACUGCAAGAGCAAUUCUUUGCUUAAAAACCUGGAUCUGUAAAGGA